AUGGCUUGCUUAUCCUUCUGCACUCGCGCCGAUCUUAUUACCAUGUCUGAAACCAGCUCUAUGUGUACCAGUAUGCAAUCCAUGGAUGACCUCAUUCCUUGUGCAUCAACACCUCAGCCACAGACACGCACAGAAGUGGCCUUGUUCGAACAACUACAGCAAGUGGAAGAACACCUGUGUGGCAUAGAGCAACGCAUGCAAGAACGUCUACGUAUCUUGGAGCUUCGGGUCAUGCAGAUGGAAAGACAGUCAUGGAAGCGCUCCUUCGGCACCGCAAGUCAUACCUUGCCCAUUACGCCUAGCAGUGAUCCAUCUCUGAGUUCUCGAUCGUCGUCCACUGGUCCCUUGAGUACACCAAAGACACAAAGAGGAUUCGAUGACGGAACAUUCCGCUCUUCUUCCCCCGAUGCAUUCAAUCCCUACUGGAUCUCCCCCAUUAUGGAGGAAGAUUCUUAUGUACCAGGCCUACAUGCAUUUCCACAAGCGCUAUUUUAUUCACGUCCUGAUCCAUUUUAUGCGUGCAAAAAGUUCGGCAGCAAAUUUGAAACAAGCUACAUUCGGAAACUGGAUCUUGACAUGGAUGUCCAUUGCUCUACAGCUGAUGCACAGUGUCCAUCACACCAAUAUCACGAAACUCCCACAUCUCCAGAAGCGAGCCUCGAAUCUCCACAUCAUGAUCUACGUGACAUUUUAGUGCACCACAGUCAAGAUGCUAGCGUAAGGCUCCAACUUCAACUCAAACGUGGUUCUACUGAGCGCCGUGAAAUCAUUUUAGACGCUAUGAAGCCGCUCAUGGUACCUCUGGCCACUGAUCAAUACGGUCAAUAUCUUGUUCAACGCGCGCUCAGCAUACAAAAAGAAAUGACACAGUAUCUUUGUGGUGCAAUCGUACCACUGACUUUAUCACCAUGCGGCGUGCAUGUCAUCAUGCGAGUAUUGGAUGGCCCUGAAAUAUGGCAAAGUGCUGUGACCAAAGAACUUUUAAGAGAUUCUCUCAAAACUACCCUCACAACACAGCACUCUAUGUGCGUCUGGCAGAAAAUUUUUAAUGUUCGAUGGUCUAACCCGGAAAUGCGUUCUGAAAUUCGUGAGCGAAUUCACGAUACGUUACGAGGUCAGUGGGCCGAUAUAGCAAACACAGAGACGGGGAGUGUUCUGUUCCAACAUCUUUUGGCAAACAUGAUGUUAAGUGAAACAGACGAUGCCAUUGAGGAAGUCUUCCAGCGAUUUCAUGAGUGCAUAUGUCAUCCAUGGGGGGUUUGGGUCAUUCAACACCUCAUUGAAUACGGAAGUCCUGCGAUUCGCGAAUGCAUCGCACAGCGAUUAAUAAGUUCAGCUGCCACUGUAUCAUUGUCAUCGUAUGGAUCAAAAGCGGUGCAAUGUGCCCAGCGACACUGUGGCGAGGUCUUCCAAAAUAAAUAUGCCGAUGUCUUGUGUCGAGUUACGGCAUCACAUCACGAAACGGUGAGGCCAAAAGGACCAAGCCGACCUCUGAUAAUCGAAGUCGCAGCUGCACAACAUGGCCUUCCCAUUUUGACCCAACUUUUGACGUCGACGACUCCGGCACGUCGCACACUUAUUAUCGAUCUUGUCCGAAUGAAUGCUGUCUUUUUAAAAAGUAACCGCUCAGGCGCUAGGGCCUUCCAAUUGUGUGAGCGCGCACGCGCCUACGCCGGCUAUUAG